UUUAUAGGAAGCGUACCGGGACUUGUUAAAUUCAAAUAAACCACACUGUUCAAGUUUUGUCUUGCAUAAUAAAUGCUGCUUAUCACAUAUAUAUGUAGCUAACUUUGGUGACUAGUUUCUUUACUUCUGCAAGCGCUAAAAAAACUACGGCGUAGUAUGCCGCGCGCACGAGAUAACCCGUGCGUCCGAUAUGCAGUUGUAGUUAAGUCCGUACGACAUAGUAAAUUAUGCUCACGAGAUAAAAUGCCGUACGCGUGUCUGAAAAAUAUUUUCGAAUGACACGUUCAGGCUUCCGUAUUAGGUUAUUCGCAUACAUGUAUGAAACAGAAUUCGGACAUUUAAGUAUCUAAUUUAUCAAUUACAAAUACCCCUUUCAAAGUGCAACCAAUCCUACUGUAAUCUUUUGCCUACAGUUAGUAAUGAACUUGUAUCGUCAGAAUAAAUUAUCUAGUUUCGAGUCGAAAAUACUCUUGUGGGAAGUCUAUUGUCGUUUUAAACAUUCUGGGUAGUGUAGUUACUAACGCUUUCAGGAAUAAGUUUUUUGUUAGAUUUUAUACCGCUACUUAGAGUAUCUAGACGGGGAAAAAUGUAUAAUUUGUUCUUCAUAAAAGUCUCCAUGAUGAUCUGUAGUAUAUUUUUCUCGGGCUAUUUUGCGUUUUUCAAACUCGGUGCAACGGAAAACGCUGUGAAACACGAUGGAGAAAACCGGCACGAAGUUUUCGUGGUUGCGGACAAAGAAAGUGAUGCAAAUGAAUUCGAAUUGGAUAGAGAAGCUGACGACGAUAGACCGAAAGCUUUAGAAUACUGGGAACAUUUUAUAAACACGAACAAUUUUACGGCCAUAGGAGAAAUUUACGAUAAUUGCGGUGAGAAAAUUUCGUUCGAAAUAUUUCCUUUUUUGGAAACCCUUAUAUACUCUGAGCUGGUUGGCGGAAGAUUUUUCCUCGAAGUAAAAUAUAAUGGCAAAGACCUGUACAGUAACAACUGGGAACUAUGUACACUAGAUGAAGACUACGAUGACCGGAUCGUAUACUGCCCCUUCUAUCCCGGAGAGUAUUCGUUUGUCAAGGACAAAUCCCUAUAUACUUACCAAAGGUGGGAUAGGUUCGAGUCGAAGGCUUGGAUAACAGACCAAGAGGAUCGGACUAUUGUCUGUGGCUAUUCAGAUUUCACCCUUUAAAGUAUGGUUUCAUCUGAACUUUAUUUGGACUCGAUUAAAGUAAUAACAUUUUCUGAAUGCGUCACAUAUAUGUUGAGUUUCUAAUACCAUUCUGAAAUGUCCAUAAAUGUUUUUUAUGCAGUUAUAUUAAUUUCUAAACAGGUGUUAGCAUCAAACUAGCUUGUAAAAUCUAGUUUUUAUAAAAUCUGGAUUUCUCUAGGUAGUUGAAAUGUGCAUAAAUAUGUGACCCGUCAAUCCAUAAGCAUAUGAUAUCUAACUUUUACUUCUAGCCCCUUCUUACAAUGUAACGCUUUGUAAACAUGGAAGGGCAACGUCGUUACAGUGGUCAGUCUGUCUGCUAGCUAUUAUCUAUUUAAGGGAGAAAAUAUGUUCAAAAUCGGCUUGAAAACGAAAAUUGUAUAUAUUUGAUAAAAAUUGCAAUAGUUUUAUUUCCAUAGCAACAUAAAAUAAAGUGGUGAUUUACCUUAUUUUAAUCAUUUAUUUGAACUGUAUUUUCUUACUUCUGAAAUGAUGAUCUUUCUUUGUUGGUUUUUACCAAUUUGAAUAAAAGGUGUGAUUUUGUUUUACAUCUUGAACUAAGGACACUUUGGUGUUAUAUUUCUGCAGUAUGAUAAUCUGUUAUGGUCCGCGAACAGAUUCCCAUUAGUAAGCAAGUCUGUCCACAGUAUUUCGGUUGUCCAAUAACUCUUAACAUGAAUUUUUCGUGUUAGCCUCAUAGUUACGUGAUACCACGAAUCUUAACUUGAUAUCUAGUUAAUGUCUCAACUGGUGGCAGCCCUGGACACUCUUGGGACUAUCAUUUAUCCGCAUUUUUGUGUUACUGGAAACAUUAAGCAGACAAUCAAAUAAUUUUCUCGAUAAUUGUCUAGUUAACGCGAAUCUGUUCGCAAAACAUAUGUAGUAGAAAUAUUGCACAGUAAUAUUUUCAAUGGUAGUCCGAUUUCAUAUUUUUUUUCUGUGUUAUGAAUGACUAGAAAAUGUUUGUCGUUAUGAGCACGUAAGACAAAGGUGUCCACACCUGACAACUGUACUUAAAAAGAGUAAGUGACUGGCUGUUCAAAAAGUGAAUGCCCUUUGAUGUCUUACACAUGGUAUGCAAUAAAGUUGCUUGACUCGAAUCGAGGUCGAAAUCUGUUGAUCGAUAACUUGCAUGUAAUAAAUCUGUAUAAAUAGGGGAAAAAAGUUCACCAAUAAGUAUCAUCUCAGCCCAAAACAAGAUAAGGCAAGAUAUGAAUUUUGCAUGUUUGCGUUUAACAAUUACAUUUUAGCGUAGUAAUGCAGAAUGUGCU